AAGACUUUAGCCACAGAAGACACUCAGUUGCACACACUCACCACAUACAUACACCCUCCACAAAACCUCGCCGGAAAAUCCAUCUCCGGCAAUCGGCGUUCCUCCAACUCCGGUGAACUCUCAAAGUUCAAAACUGAAUCAAACAAAAGACCACCGGAAUCGGUGGUUUUAAUCUUACUGUGCAUGAUGGGAUCUUGCAUAUGUCCGUUAGAAACUCCGGCGAGGUUGCUUUGGACAACUAGUUUCUUCCGUCAUAAGUUAAUGAUCUUUUAAUCCAUAGCCCAUCAAAGAAAAUUCAAUAAAAAUACGAACUUUUGAAUUUGAAGAGAAAAAAAAUUUCAUUUUUUUUUUUUUUCUGAUUCUGAAAGAUUAUUAGUAAAAGUUGAAAAUUUAGCAUACCCUUUAACGUGAAGUUUGUGAAGUUGAAGUGAAAAAAUGGAGUCUGGUCGUCUUUACUUUGAUAGUUCUAGUUGUCGUGGUAACAACAACAUGAAUAUGCUCUUUCUUGGGAAUGCUGAUCUUGGUUUUCGAGGAAGGUCAAUGAUGAGCAUGGAGGAAGGCUCAAAAAGGAGACCUUUCUUUAGCUCGCCGGAUGAACUGUAUGAUGAGGAGUAUUACGAGGAGCAGUCGCCGGAGAAGAAGCGCCGCCUCACUUCCGAGCAGGUUCAUCUGUUGGAGAAGAGCUUUGAGGAAGAGAACAAACUUGAGCCAGAGAGGAAGACUCAAUUGGCCAAGAAGCUAGGGUUGCAGCCUAGACAGGUGGCUGUAUGGUUUCAGAACCGUAGGGCUAGAUGGAAGACAAAACAACUUGAAAGAGAUUAUGAUGUUCUUAAAUCUUCCUAUGAUUCCCUACUUUCAACAUAUGAUUCCAUUAUCAAGGAGAAUGAGAAACUCAAAUCUGAGGUGGUAUCCUUAAAUGAGAAGCUUCAAGUUCCAGCUAAAGAUAUGCCUGAAGAACCUUUAUUAUCAGAAAAGAAAGCUGAUCCACUUCAAGUGGACAUAGCUCAAAUUUUCAGCAUAAAGGUGGAUGACCACAUGAGUUCUGGAAGUGUUGGAAGUGCGGUGGUGGACGAGGGUAGUCCUCAUGUCGUUGUUGACAGUGUUGAUUCAUACUUUCCAGCUGACAACUAUGGUGGAUGUGUGGCUCCUAUUGAAAGAGUUCAAUCAGAGGAAGAUGAUGGAAGUGAUGAUGGGAGGUGUUACUUUGAUGUGUUUGUUGCAUCUGAAACAACUGAGCAACAAAACCAUGAAGGGGGAGAAGGAUUGAAUUGGUGGGGUAAUAUGUAUUAUGUUGCAUGAUGCAAACAUUGCAUUGCUUUCUUAUUAAGUUACAUAAGAAAGAGUAAGAACAUUGUAUAAUUAAAUGCAUCAUGUAAUUUGGGUGCUUUGGGUGCCUAAGAGUUGGAAUGUCUCUAAGCCAAGCUUAGUAAAUAAAAAGUCCAGUAAUUUGGGCAAUGGCGUCCUGUGUUGUACUUCCAAAUUUACAAUAAACUAUUUAAGUUAAAAGCUAUAGUAAAUUGUGUGCUUCUGUGUA